UAAAGAAGAAGCUUUGAUAUGAUACCUGUUUUUCAGAGAAAGUUCUUAUUUUUAUCCAAUUAAACAUAAAUUACAAUUUUUUAAGGAGAUAUUUGAAGUAAAAAAGUUAGCUGUGGUGGGAGAAAACAUAUUUCCAUUCUGAGCAUUCGUAUAUCAUUUCUAUACAGGAUUCCCAAAAGAGGACUUAUUUAGACAUUUACAAGAUGGAUUUGGCGGAGACCAUGAAGAAUGUAUUGGCUAAGAGUAGCGGGAGUGGAACUACUGCAGCGAGCGGAUCUAGCUCGUCGGCGCCACACGGGGCUGAGGGCUACGUAACCGAAAAGCUUUACAUGCUUUUGCAGCUCUAUUUACAAAAUAAGGGUUGGAGCCCCAGUAUAGAGUUAUUACAGUGUUUCAGUGAUCUCAAAGAGUCUUCCAUGCUUCCAAGUGCAACUUAUUUACAAAUGAUGGCCUCAAGGGUAGGGUUAGACGCUCAGGGGCGUCUCAUAUAUAGAGAAAAUGGCAAGAUAAUUUUACCAUAUGAGCAUUUUGCAAAUGCUGUGAUGUUAAAACACAUGAAUGGUCCACAUGGCUUGCAUCUCGGCUUAGAAGCCACUGUACGAGCUGUGGUAGAGUCAUAUACAAUUGGUAGAGAGCAAUUUGGUAUGGAAAAGGAAUUUAUAGUUGAAGUGGUACAAAAUUGUCCAAACCCAGCUUGCCGCUACUAUAAGAAUCAGUUGGAAAUGACACAGAAAUCGAUACAACAACAUUUAUCCCAGCAACCCACUUACAUACCAGACGCAGGCAGCUCAAACCUGUCUGACAGUCAGGCCGUGGAACGGCUGCUGCGCGGUGCGGCGCUGCCGCAGGACUACCAGCUGCCGCUCGCGCCUCACCUUGCCGCUCUCAGUGAGUUGUUAACAAACUUGGCGGGCGACAAAUCAGAUCGACGUACUGCAGAGAAGUUGUCACAGCAUCAGCAAAUGUUGCUGCAGCAUCAGAGCAGGUCCCUGGGCCACCAGUCUUCUAUCGACAAGUAUUCAACGCGUUCCUCACAGUCGAGUAUGGAUUCAAAGUCCAAGCAUCAUUACAGUGACGAUCAUAAGCUUACUGAUUUUCUAAGAGCCAAUUUGGAGAGCCUCGAGUCGCUGUCGGGCAGCGAGCGUGGCGGCGGCGGCGGCGCGGGCGGUGCGGCGGGCGCGGGCGGCGUGGGCGGCGCGGGGGGCGCGGGCGGCGCGGGGGGCGGGCAGGAGCGCGUGGUGCGCGCCUUCGCGGAGCUGGCGCGCAACCUGCAGCGCAUGCGCCCCUGCGUGCGCCCCGCCAUGUGCAAGCCGUACGGCAAGCAGAGCGAGCAGCUGCAGAAGAUUCUUUUGGACACAAUUCAACUUGUACAGUCACUUCGGAGUUAUCUGCCGCCUCCACAUAUCCAAGUGACAUCUUGGAAAAAUGACGACAAGUUACGCUCCAACAAUAUGGAUGAAUUGGAGAGUCGUAAAAUAGUGAGUGGCAACUAGCAGUUGGAUGUUGAUUGAGGUGUUCCCAGUACAUGACAAUGCUUUUAUAUUGUGUAUUUUUGUGUUUUAUUCGUCAAUAUUGGCAAUUGUGGAGUUAAUGCCGUUUUAAUCGUCUAAAUUAGUAUUAUUUGUAUAAACUUUUGGCCAGAUAUACAUGUAUUCAUAUUGUAUUGAGGUUAUAAAUGUAUUUAUUACAUCCAAAUUUAUUUAUAUUAUCAACAUAGAUAUUAAUUAAGACUUUCUUAAAUUUUUCUUGUUUAUUAUACUUGAAGGUUUAUUUGAGUAUUCUUAUUGUUUAUGGUUUUAUGGUUAUUGUAUUUUUAUAUUCUAUAGCGAUACAAAUAUUAUUGUAUGCUUGUCUAUGUUUUGAUAUAGUCUGUUUUACGCGGGAAUCCGUAUCUGAUUAUCUACAUUUUCUAUUGUUUUAUAUUAUGUUGAUGUUUAUAUGUUUAGAUAUUUUUCUUAAUGUUUAGUUUUUUUUAUUUGCUUUCUAUAUAUUUGAGUUCUGAAGCUUUUGUGCACUAAUUCUAAAAAACACUUUUAUAUAAAGCUACUAUGAUACUUGCGUUAAAGUAAUCUCAUUAAAUUGCAAUUAUGUGCAUUAUUUACACUGUGAUAGAAGUGUAAUAGAUAUAGUGUGGUAGUACUAUGUAAGGUUUUUUAACUUUAAGUAGUUUUAGGUAAAUAAUACCUACGUAAGAGUGGAGCGGAGGUUUUAAAUUGAAUGUAGGUAUGUGUGAUACAUUUAUUGUAUUGGUGUUAUGAACUGAUUUUGCCAAACUUUCUCGGGUAUAUUUUUUAGUGAAAGACAAAUCCUAUAACUAGUAUUGAAUCAUAAUUAUACUGCUUCACGAUAAAUUUAAAACUCUCGCUCCUAUUUUUGAUUCGGCGAAAAAUUAUUUUAUAGAAAUUCAAAGAUAUGAAUUUAGCCUUCAUAAUCUUUCUUCACAAGUUUUAAUCGAUGUUGUCGCUUUAGUAAAUCUUAAAAUAUCAUAACGAAAAUCACAAAACAAUAAUCGUGAAAUGUAGGUGUUGUCAAAACUGAUAUUUUCAUUAUUUUUGUCAAUUUUAUAUAAAAUGGCUAGCCUUGGUCGUGAGUAUGUAUUUGUUGAAAGUAUUACAAUGUGUUAAUAUCGGUGGGAGUUUUGAAGCUUAGUCACUUAAAUGGAAAUUUGCCAUGUCUUGUCUCGUGAUGUAUUGAAUAGUAUCGUAUCGAAGACUGCAAGUAAACACGCGUAGGCUAAAGCUGUAUAUAAUAAUGUAUCUAUAAACUAACUUUGUGUGUAUGUAUAGUAUAAUGCAUAAACAUGGUUAUCGUGUAAAAUAUGAAGGUGAGGUUAGGUUAUUUUUUAUUAAUUUACGUUUUAAAACCGGUGUGUUUGUAAUUUACAAUAAUGCAUUUUAUUUAGCCAUUUUGUUAUUUUUUACUAAACGUAUAUACAUAUUUUUUCAAAGCCCAUAUUAUUGUUCGGUUUAUAUUUUAUUACCCGAUUCGACAUCGACAUGCAUGUAUAUUAAUGAUAAGUAAUUACUAGUUGUAACGCUUGCGUCUUGCUUUUAUCUUCCAAAACAUCACGUAAUAUGAAAAUUUCGUGAGCUCGUUAGUGCAAUAAUAAGGCAAAGCCUAAAUAAAUCUUUUGUAUCUUAGGAAUGUAAGUCAUGAAUGGAAAGUUAGCGGAACGGUCGCAGUGGUGAGGUUGUAACUGUUAGAAUUUGGUCUCGGUAUAUUAUUUUAUCAUCACAUAUAUUAUUCGUCACAUUUUUAUUAGUUAAGUUUAUUUUUUUUUUGUACAUUUUAGAAAAUUUAUAAUAACAACGGGGCAAAUGUUCGAUUAUUGUAGCCAAAUAAAUAAGGAGGCUUUAGUAAUCUAACACUAACCGCCUAGGUUUAGGUACUAUCAGUAACUACUUGAAGUAUUAUGAAAAGUUCGCACGAAUCUCUCUGUAUUAAUAUGAAUAUUUCUAGUCAAAAUUUCGUUUAUAUUUGAAUUGGCAUUUUAUCGUAUAUUAUGUAUUAAACAUAUCAGUUGUAUAGAAACUGUCUUUUGUAGGUAUGAUUUUACUUGAUCUCGCACAAGGCAUCAUUUCCGAACCGAAUACAUGUGAGUUUUAUUCAUAAGCCAGUGUAUACAUGUGCUAUAAUUAAGUGUAGCGAACAUUAAUUUAUAUAUACAUUAUCAUCCAUUGGAUAUUUGUUUUAAGUACGUUUGCGUUUAGCCUUUAUUUAAUAUGUUUUGUUAUCAACUUGGUAACAAUGCUUAGUGUUAUAUUCAACAUUUUAUUUCCUAGGUCUCGAAAUAGUGCAUUCUUCCCGAUAAAUCCCACAUGAUCUGGCAACACUAAACUGUGAUAAAUUAUAAUUAGUACACUUUCUUGGCUUUAUUUGGGUCUGAAUUUUUAUGUCAAAAUUAUUCAUGUAUUAUGUUUUAGAUGUAACUUUGUAUUUGGCCUUGCCAUGUAAUUUAUGUCGUUUAAAUUUAAAAAUGUAAAACAGUGAAAGCAGUGCUUAAAAUAAAUAAAAGGAUUGAUUUCA